AUGUUUUUUCUCUGGCUCCUACAGAGCAACGGCCAGUGUCACUGUAAACCCAACGUGUGCAGUGGCACCUGCUCUGUGUGUAAAGAUGGAUACUUCAACCUGCAGAGUGGCAGCUUCUUCGGCUGUCAAGGUAACCCUUCGACUACUGUUACCACCACCAAGUGAAUUUUACUCUGCCCAGAGUACCACCUCAUGUUACCAGUAGGCCUAUGGUCUGCUGAGUCUUCUCAAGUACCCGCUGUGGAUAGACCAAGUACUCCAGCAGUCCUAGUACCCCUGGUUGAGAACCACUGGUCUAAGGGAACCAGCAGGAAUCAAACCUGGGUUUCCCGCUCUCGCCAACCCAACAUCUUAACCAUUAGAUCAAGAGGACAUCCUCAUGGUCCGAGGGCAACAGUUGGGCUUUAUUGUCUCAAGCAGAGCUACCUCUUCACGAGAGUGGGAUUCCCAAAAAAUCUCCUCUGCUACAAUAACGCCAGUCUGUUGUACUAUAAAUUAAAGUAAUAGGAUGUGCAGAUUGUGUACAGCAGUAUACCAAGUCCUCUAUGUUGCAGGUUGUCGGUGUGACAUUGGGGGAUCAGUGGGUCAGUCGUGUGGGGAGAAGACCGGGAGAUGUCGCUGCAGACCAAAAGUGGAAGGACCCAAGUGUAACAUGUGAGUGAAAAAUGGUGUAAAAAACAUUCACUUUGCGUCGACACAACCAAUAGAAAAAGAAGAAGAUUCCAUUGUAAUUCCCUGAUCACUUUUUUUUUUAACCCAACCCCCGAGAAACACACAAUAUCCAACAGGAGGCCUUCUUUUUAAACUCAAAAAAUCGUAUUUUAAAGACCGAUUUAUUUAAAACCAGUAUUUUCCGUCUCCUAUCCUAGGCCUUAUCCGGACCACUACUUUCCAGACCUGCACCACCUGAAGUUUGAGAUAGAGGAGGGCACCAUGCUGGACGGGCGGCCGGUGCGUUUUGGGUAUAACCCCUUGGAGUUUGAAGGGUUCAGCUGGAGAGGUUACGCUCAGAUGUCCUCCAUUCAG